UGCAACAUCAAGAUUAGAUCGAUCAGGGAACAAUAGGUUGAAAAGAAUACUAUUCACGCCCAUUAUGCAACUGAGCCCGGGUAUGAAGGAAAUCAGGCGUUACAAACAAAAAAAAAAAAAAACGUUAUGCGGAGUGUUCUCUGGGCUGACAAGGCCCCGCUCAAAAGGUCAGCAACCUCAUGAAAAAAACACUUUUUCAAUUGUUUCUCUUCAUGUAUUCUGCACAACAGUCGUGCAUUCUGCGAUGCAGUCCGAUGAUAAUCGCCAUCUCUAAUCGCGGGAUUCCCCAAGACGCGCGACUUCCUCUCUGAACGCCCCAAUCGCCUAGAAUCCCCAACCACUGACUGAUCUUUGCGUCCCUAGACUCAAGUAUUUGCUCACAAUGAAGCUCGUUCUUGUAGGAAUAAGCGGGCCGUCCUCCUCGGGAAAAUCGACCGUCGUGAAGGGCUUAGUUAGCGUGUUGCCCCGAUGCACUGAGAUCCAUUUGGAUGACUUCUACCUCCCAGAUUCCCAGAUUCCCAUUGAUAAGAAGCAUGGCGUACAAAACUGGGACUGCGCAGAGGCUCUCGACUGGGAGAAAUUCAAAGGGCAUCUCGAGUCUGUGCGGGCUUCCAAUGGAGCACUUUUGCCAGUAGAGUCACUCGAGAUGGAGCUGGAGCUUUCAUUGUCCGAGCAACAAAGAAAAACACUUCGGGCCCGCAUAUGCGGCGACUUCCCGUGGCUCCGCGACUGUCACGUGGUCCUUGUGGAUGGGUUUAUGCUCUUCCAUGACGCGUCCGUGUCGGCGUUGUUGGACGUGAAAAUCCUCUUCCGGGCCCCGUACACCACGCUUAAAAAACGCCGUGAGCUGCGACAGGGAUACAACACAGUUGAGGGGUUCUGGAGCGACCCGCCGGGGUACUUCGAUAAGAUCGUGUGGCCCGCGUAUGUAGAGUCCCACGGACACUUGUUCAGUGAACGCAACGUCGAGUCGUCUCUUGCCGAGUCGGCAACGCAGAUGGGGAUCAGCGAUAUCCGCAAUGAUGGUGGCCGGGACCUCCCGCAACUUGUCGCGUUGGCCGUGGAAAGCAUUGCCAAAGCGACAAGGCAGGGCCCACGUACGUAGACAGCGAGCGUGCGGCAGCGAGCGGAACGGACGGUGUAGUUAGAUCUAUGUAUUCGACAGGUGCUGCCACCCAGCCCGCGCGCCGCGGCGGCCGGGCGGCUACUUGCCCUUCUUGCCCUUCUUGCUCUUCUUCGUCGAGCUCUUGAUCUCGCUCUCGUAGAUCUGGUCCGCGCUCUCGCUCUUGCGCUUGUUCUUGCUCUUCAUGCUCGCGACGCCCAGCUUGGCGACGGCCUUCUCGGCGGCGGAGUCGUCCCACUCCUCGGCGUUGUCGUUGAUGGCGUACUUGUCCAAGUUGAGCGCGUUGAUCAACUCCUUCUGCUUCAUUUUCAACUCGGACACGGCGUCGUCUCCGGCCGCGUCCAAG